AUGUUUGGGUCACAAGGGCUGGGUCUGCUGUUGGCACUGUUGCCCAUGGUCCACACCACCUUGCCAGACGCCAUGGUCCGACUCAACAAGGCAGCUCUGAGUUAUGUGUCUGACAUCGGGAAGGCCCCACUCGAGCGAGCCCUGCAGGUCCCUGUGCCCAAUUUCCUGGACAGGAGCGGUAAGGAGCUUCAGCCUAUCAGCAUCCAGAUCCCAGAAAUUCAUGUGUCCGGCCUCCACCUGAAAUUCAUGGCUGGUUUUGGGGUUCAUGUGUCAGCAAUGGCCAAUUUUAACAUCCAGAUCUUGCGUGUCCCAGAGCCCCUGGAGAUGCUGCUACCUGUGGUACUGCUGGCUGAUGUGCGCGUGGCGCAGGCCUCCAUCGGGACCCCUGAGGUCGGAGUCUCCUCCUGCUUCUCACUCUUCAGCCCGGCCAGUGUGCUGGCUGGCAGAAACAGCUCCUCCCCUGCACUGUUGGUCCUGGUGCAGAAGCACAUUCAAGCUGCCCUGCGUAACAAGCUCUGCCUGUGCAUCUCCAGCCUGGUGCAGGAGCUCAAUGUCCACCUGGGCACAUUGAUUGGUCUCAACCCUGUGGGUCCUGAGUCUCAGAUCCGCUACUCCAUGGCAAAUGUGCCCAUCAUCACCAGUGACUCCAUUUCCUUGGAGGUCAAGGCUGUUCUCUUCCUGCUGGGCAAGCCCAUGGCCCCGCCCCUGGAUGCUGCCUCCUUCCUGUUGCCAUGGCCUAUGGAUACCACGGGUGCUAUGGCAACGGUGACCCUAUCCCAGAAGCUGUUUGACUACGCCCUUCUGCUGAUGCAGAAGGCUGGCACCCUCAACCUGGACAUCACUGGGCAGCUGAGCUCUGAGGACAAUCUGCUGAGCACUUCCACGCUGGGCCAGCUCAUCCCAGAGGUGGCGCACCUCUUCCCCCAGCCCAAGCCCCUGGUGCUCAAAGUCCAGCUGGGUGCCAAGCCCAUGCUCACGCUCCAUACCAACAAUGCCACUCUGAGACUGCAGCCCUUGGUGGAUGUCUUGGCAACAUCCUCUAACUCGGCCUUCCAGUCCCUCUUCUCCCUGGACGUGGUUGUGAACCUGAAAAUUCAGUUUUCUGUGUCCGAGAUGAAGCUCCGGGGGACCGCAUCUAUGCUGGGGGAUGUCCAGAUCUCAGUGGCCGCCUCCAACGUGGGCUCCAUUGAGAUGGAUCAGAUACACACACUCAUGUGUACCGUGUUCGAGAAACCUCUGCUGUACCACCUCAAUGCUAUCUUAGGCAUAGGUGUUGGCCUCCCCAGCAUGGUUGAUCUCCACUACGCCAGCCCUGAGGUCUCUGUCCAUGAGGGCUAUGUGGUGAUAUCAAGCGGACUCUCCUACCAGCACUGA